AUCUUCACCAUCACUGAUGUCAGACCUGAACACAGUGGGAAUUAUUACUGUGAAGCCCAGAACAGAAGAGGACAUCAUAACUCCACCUUAUAUCUGACUGUUGGAUCAGGGAAAUCAGUAUUUAUAAUUAGUAUCAUUGUGGUGAUUCUGGUGGUCCUGAUGCUGAUUCCUCUGCUUCUCUUAAGUCUGUGGAUGAGGAAGAAGAAAACUCUGAGCUCCACCACUGAACUGAAUGAACCUGUAGAGACUAGAGAGCUGGACUCUUCUCCAGUGUAUGAGAACGUCUCAGACUCGCAGGUCGUUGCUGCAGCAGACAGAAGUCACAGAGGAGCAGGAAGACGUGGAGUAAAGUCCAGUCAGUUGGACUCUUCUCCUGUGUAUGAGAACGUCUCAGACUUGCAGUUCGUCGCUGCAGCAGACAGAAGUCACAGAGGAGCAGGAACAUGUGGAGUAAAGUCCAGUCAGUUGGACUCUUCUCCAGUGUAUGAGAACGUCUCAGACUUGCAGGUCGUCGCUGCAGCAGACAGAAGACACAGAGGAGCAGGAAGACGUGGAGUAAAGUCCAGUCAGUUGGACUCUUCUCCUGUGUAUGAGAACGUCUCAGACUUGCAGGUCGUUGCUGCAGCAGACAGAAGUCACAGAGGAGCAGGAAGAUGUGGAGUAAAGUCCAGUCAGUUGGACUCUUCUCCUGUGUAUGAGAACGUCUCAGACUUGCAGGUCGUCGCUGCAGCAGACAGAAGACACAGAGGAGCAGGAGGACGUGGAGUAAAGUCCAGUCAGUUGGACUCUUCUCCAGUGUAUGAGAACGUCUCAGACUUGCAGGUCGUCGCUGCAGCAGACAGAAGACACAGAGGAGCAGGAGGACGUGGAGUAAAGUCCAGUCAGUUGGACUCUUCUGUGUAUGAGAACGUCUCAGACUUGCAGGUCGUCGCUGCAGCAGACAGAAGACACAGAGGAGCAGGAAGAUGUGGAGUAAAGUCCAGUCAGGCUGGAGCCUCCUGAAAGGAAAAAAAAAUGGCCAACAUCAGAUUUGUAGUUGUAGUUAGGAGAAUAAACUCACCGAAAUUUCAUGUGAUUUUGUUGUGAUGCAGUUGAACCAGAGGCUGGACUCACCUGAUGGAAGCAGAAAGUAGUACAACAGUGAAAUAUGACAGUGGAGAGAGAGGCUGUAGAGGAUGAUGUGGACGUUUUCAUGUUCAGUUUUCAGUAGCAGCAGGUGUGUGUGACUCAUAAUUGUGUUUAUGUAUAUUAAGUGUUCUAUCUGAGGUGAUGCAGGCAAUAUUAUUGUACUUUACGCCUUUGUCCUUUUCCAUAUUACUGAUACUUAGGCUUAG